AAGGAGUACGAUAAUGAAAAAUAUAUUUCAGAAGAAUAUUAUAAUAAGGAUGAAUACGAAGUCUACUUGAAUACUAGAUCUGAGUCUUAUCUAAGAAAUACUAUUUCUAAAAACAAGAGAGUAUCUGCAAGAUUUCAGAGCUACGUCAAAUUACAAUUGUUGAAGAUUUAG